UUUGAAUACCAGCUGUCUUUUGUUGUUAUUUACAUUAUUCUAAAAUCUAUUUUGAAUUUAUUUCUAAUGUGCAAUUCAUACCCACUUAACGACGAUUGCUGGCUUGUCAUUCUGAAAUAUGUAUCGCUGGGAGAUCAAAUUUCCCUGGCACAAGUCUCGCCGAUAUUCAAUGACGUUGUGACCAACAACUGGGCUAGCAUAAGAUCGGCAAAAAUCACCCAUGACGUAUUAGAAAAAUUUAAGCUAAAUGAAGAGCAAUUUGACGAGUUUAUGGCACGUUCUUGCGGAUCAUUGCAGGAACUUCAGCUAAAAGGUGGCACCCAGGAGUUGCUUAGGUCAAUGGGGAGUUAUAGUUUUCCCAAAUUAACUGUCCUCGACAUCGAGAUUAACUACAAUGAAGAGCAGGCGGAUGAAGAAACGCUUAUGCUUGUGGAACUCUUUCCAAAUCUGACAAAGUUAACUCUACACAGCAGCACAACGGGCAGGCAUUUAUGGAGAUUGAACAAAUUGAAGGAACUGCAUCUAAUUUGGUGCGAAGAUUUGGAUCCAAUGACAUUUGACGAAAUCUUUAGUAGCCUAAAAUUAGAAAAGCUAUCAAUACUUUACUAUGGUUACAAUGUCAAUUUUGGCGAUGGCUUGUUACCCGCUACUAAAUGUCAAACCCUCCAAGAGGUUCUUAUCGAUGAUCAUCAUCUGCUGGGCGAUGUAUUAACCAAUUUACUACGAUUACCGCAUUUGAGAAAACUAACAUUCUACACGCGUGACUAUUACGAGCAUCUUUUUAAAGUGGUGGCCCAGCAGCACCCAUUGAAGGUUCACUCCCUAAUGUUUAAUGAUGCUCUUUGGAAUAGCGAUCGGGCGACAAAUGAAAUUAUGCGGAUGACUAAUCUACGUAGAUUAGUCCUCCAUGACGAUGAUAUUGAUACUGAAAUUUUGUACAAAAUUUUCAAUUGUUUGCCCCAUUUAGAGGAAUUGCAUUUAAUGAAGAUGAGAUCUUUACCAUUUGCAAGACAAUUCUGGGAUAUGGUGACCAAUUGCCCAACUCUGAAUAUUCUCAGUUUAUCCAACACGAAAUUAGAUGAAGAAUUUGUUAAAAUAAGUUCUUUGCGCUUGGACCAAGUUCUGGAUAAUCGACGAACGCCACUCCGAAUGCAUCUCCAUAAUACAGGAUUGGAAAAUCAUCCACAUAAUAUUCUCACAAGCUUGCGUCAUCCAAAUUUGAUACUCUCACUUGACCCAAUUGAAUUAAACUUAUGGAGUUCGCGAUUUAUUGAAAUUGGUUUCAAUCCCCAAAUUGGCAAUUAGGCUUAUACAAUAAACUUUUGAGUGUUAGCAAUGUACAUAAAAAUUUAAAAUUAAAUAGGUCUGCUAUAGAAUAGAUGGCCCAAGGACAAUUAAAAAUUUUGUUAGAAUCCUUAUUAUAAUACAGAAAUUAAAAACGUUUUAAAAUUGUAAAAAUCAA